CAGCCGUCGCAGGAGACCGCCGCGGCCAGGGUUUUGCUGGACUCUGUCCGCGGCCUUAGGACUUAAGGGUUUGGCUGGAUGGGAGUUCAAGGGUCUCUUCUCCGAAUCCCACGGACGCCACGCUCCCGCCCGCAGUAGGCGCAGCGGAGGGGACACUUGCUCCCCCCUCGCCGGCAAACGACCAUCACUAGGAAUCGCCUGCCUCGGCGAGGGCGGGCCGGCGGGGCCGCUGUCGCAAAGCUGAAGUGGGGGGCAGCAUCCCCUGCGUCGUAAAGACGCCUGCGGCCGUCGUUUCUACCGCUGUCGCAAAAGCUCCCUGCCCCGUCUGCACGGCUGUCGGGCCCACUCCGUCACCUAGUCGUGCCGUAAAGCAAGCCCGCCCGACCCCGUCGUCCUUCCGUUCCCACCGCGGCGGUCAUUAAUUCCCCAGCCGGGGAUGCGCCGUCGCCCGGCAGUGCCGUAAAGCAUUCCCGGCCCCAGCCCCGAGUCCUGUUCCCUCCGGGUGUCUGUGCACCGCGGUUGCCACGGUGCCGCCAAGCGCGGCUGUCGCGCGGCCCCGGUGUCAGCGGCAAUGGCGGCGGGGUCGGGUGGGAGUGGGGGCUCUGGGGGAGGCCCCGGGCCGGGGCCGGGUGGGGGUGGGGGCCCCGGCGGGAGCGGCGCAGGGCCGGGGUCCGGCGGGGGUCUGGGCAGCGGCGGGGAGCUGCACCCGCGCACUGGGCGCCUGGUGAGCCUGUCGGCCUGUGGGCGUACAGCGCGGCGGCAGCAGCCGGGCCAGGAGUUUAACCACGGGCUGGUGUUGAGCCGGGAGCCCUUGCGCGAUGGACGCGUCUUCACCGUCCGCAUCGACCGCAAGGUCAACUCCUGGAGUGGCUCCAUCGAGAUUGGGGUGACGGCACUGGACCCCAGCGUGCUGGACUUCCCGAGCAGUGCCACAGGGCUGAAGGGGGGCUCAUGGGUGGUGUCAGGCUGCUCUGUGUUGAGGGACGGACGUUCUGUGCUGGAGGAGUAUGGGCAGGACCUGGACCAGCUUGGGGAAGGGGACCGUGUGGGCGUGGAGCGCACAGCUGCUGGGGAGCUGCGGCUCUGGGUGAACGGGCGGGAUUGCGGGGUGGCCGCCACGGGCCUUCCCGCUCGUGUCUGGGCCGUCGUGGACCUUUAUGGCAAGUGCACCCAGAUCACCGUGCUGCCCCCUGAGCCAGGUUUCAGCCCCCCUACUCCCAUCCCCGCACCUCCCCUCGAGCCUUCCACACCCCCCGAAGAUUCCGCCUUGACGGAACAGGGGACCUCCGGGGAUGAAGCCUUCAUGGUGUCCCCAGCGCAGGCCCGGCCGGAGACGUUUCCUAACAGCCUUGAGUCGCAUAAUGACUUUGCCAGCAUGGAGCUCUCCGAGGUGGUGGGCAACGCCAUCCUGUCUGCCUACAACGGGGGGCUCCUAAAUGUGAACCUGAGCUCCCCGCCGGCAGGGGAAGGACUGGGGUCUGGCGGUGCCGCCACCUCGCCCGUCCUCACUUCCAACGAUGCCCUGCUCUUUCACGAGAAGUGCGGGACGCUCAUCAAACUAAGCAACAACAAUAAGACCGCCGAGCGUCGCCGGCCCCUGGAUGAGUUCAACAAUGGGGUGGUCAUGACCAACCGUCCCCUGCGGGACAACGAGAUGUUCGAGAUUCGCAUCGACAAGCUCGUAGACAAGUGGUCGGGCUCCAUUGAGAUUGGUGUCACCACCCACAACCCCAACAACCUUGAGUACCCAGCUACCAUGACCAACCUGCAGUCAGGCACCAUCAUGAUGAGCGGCUGCGGGAUCUUGACCAACGGCAAGGGCACUCGCCGGGAGUACUGUGAGUUCAGUCUGGAUGAGCUGCAGGAAGGUGACCACAUUGGCCUCACGAGGAAGUCCAACUCUGCCCUACACUUCUUCAUUAACGGCAUUGACCAGGGCGUGGCUACCCCACUGACGCCCCCAGUGGUGUAUGGUGUGGUGGACUUGUACGGGAUGGCCGUGAAGGUGACCAUCGUCCAUAACAACAACCACAGCGACCGCCUCCGCCGGAACAAUGCCAUCCUGCGGGCACUGUCUCCAGAGGGUGCCCUCCGCCGCGCCGCCCCCACCGCCCAGGCUGAGCCCGAGCGCCUGCUUUUCCACCCCAACUGCGGGCAGAAGGCAGCUAUCACCCACGAGGGACGCACUGCCCUGAGGCCCCAGUAUGGCCCAUGGGGUGGGGAGAAGCCUGCAGAAGGGGCUCUGUUGGGAUUGGGGGGCGGGGGGUGGAGAAACAAGAGGCGGAGGGAUUCUGACCUGGGGAGCUCGGGUCGGGCGAGCUGGGAGCCUCGCACCAGCGAGCAGGGAGCCUUGCGGAGAGUGGAGUUUCUCUGGUUGACUUCAAGCAGUGAGCUUCAGGCAGGCAUCGCUGGGCUAAGUUGGGCAUGCUCAGAGCGCGGGUUCAUACCUGAGUCCCUGUUCGCUGUCCUCAGUGCCACCGAUGACUUCAACCACGGCGUGGUGCUGAGCAGUCGGGCCCUGCGGGACGGAGAGGUGUUCCAGGUGCGCAUAGACAAGAUGGUGGACAAGUGGGCUGGCUCCAUUGAGAUUGGGGUCACCACCCACAACCCCGCCUACCUCCAGCUGCCCUCCACCAUGACCAACCUGCGCUCUGGGACGUGGAUGAUGACCGGGAACGGGGUGAUGCACAACGGGACGACCAUCUUAGACGAAUAUGGGCACAACCUGGACCGCCUCAAGCCCCCCUUCUUCCAAGGCAGGGGACACGGUGGGCGUGGUGCGGCGGGAGGAUGGGACUCUGCACUUCUUUGUCAACGGGAUGACUCAGGGCCCUGCAGCCUGGAACGUGCCCCCGGGUGUCUACGCUGUCGUGGACCUGUAUGGCCAGGCGGCCCAGGCCACCAUUGUGGACGACAGGUGCCCCCCGUGCCUGAGCCGCUCCCUGAAGGGAACAACCAGGUGUCCCCCAGCUCCCCAUCAUCAGGCGCCGGGGGCUCCGACCUUCGCUUCCACCAGCUGCACGGCAGUAACGCCGUCAUCACCAAUGGGGGCCGCACAGCGCUCCGCCACAACUGCCGCAGCGAGUUCAACGAUGCCAUUGUCAUCUCCAACCGGGCCCUGCGGGACGGAGAGCUGUUCGAGAUUGUCAUUCAGAAGAUGGUGGACCGCUGGUCAGGCUCCAUUGAGGCUGGGGUGACUGCUAUUCGGCCGGAGGACCUUGAGUUUCCCAACACCAUGACAGACAUCGACUACGACACCUGGAUGCUGAGCGGCACGGCCAUCAUGCAGGACGGGAACACCAUGCGCAACAACUACGGCUGCGACUUGGACGCGCUGGGCACAGGCGCGCGCAUCGGCAUGAUGCGCACGGCCAAGGGUGACCUGCACUACUUCAUCAAUGGCCAGGACCAGGGCGCCGCCUGCUCAGGCUUGCCCCCGGGUAAAGACGUGUACGCAGUGGUGGAUCUCUAUGGCCAGUGUGUCCAGGUGUCCAUCACCAACGCCACCGGCCCCAUGGACAACAGCCUGGCGACCAGCAACACCGCCACCGAGAAGUCCUUCCCCCUGCACUCCCCAGUGGCCGGUGUGGCUCACCGCUUCCACAGCUCUUGUGGCAAGAAUGUCACUCUGGAGGAGGACGGCACGAGGGCGGUGCGCGCGGCCGGCUACGCUCACGGCCUCGUCUUCAGCACCAAGGAGCUCAAGACGGAGGAGGUCUUCGAGGUGAAGGUGGAGGAGCUGGAUGAGAAGUGGGCGGGCUCCCUCCGCCUGGGGCUGACCACACUAGCGCCCGGGGAGACAGGGCCUGGCGCAGCCGGCGGCCCGGGGCUGCCUCCCUCUCUGCCUGAGCUGCGGUCAAAGACCACCUGGAUGGUGACCAGCUGUGAAGUGAGGCGCGACGGGCAGCUCCAGAGGAUGAACUAUGGCCGGAACCUCGAGAGGCUGGGGGUGGGGAGCCGCGUGGGCAUCCGUCGGGGUGCCGAUGACACGAUGCACAUCCUGGUGGACGGAGAGGACAUGGGGCCCGCGGCCACUGGCAUCGCUAAGAACGUGUGGGCCGUGCUGGAUCUCUACGGGCCGGUACGGAGCGUGUCUGUUGUGAGCUCCACGCGGCUGGAGGAGCCAGAGGGCACCCAGCCGCCUUCUCCCAGUUCGGACACUGGCAGCGAGGGCGAGGAGGACGGCGACGGGGAGGAGCACGGCCUGCAGGGCCAGAAUCAAGUGGUCGUUAUGCCCAUGGCCCUUGAGUUCUUGGAAAACCACGGGAAGAACAUCCUCCUGUCCAAUGGGAACCGCACGGCCACGCGGGUGGCCAGCUACAACCAGGGCGUUGUCGUCAUCGGCCAGCCCCUGGUGCCCCAGCUGUUGGUCCAGGUGCGGAUAGACUCCCUGAACCGACAGUGGACAUCUUCGCUGGUCCUGGGCGUCAUCACGUGCCCGCCGGAGAGGCUCAACUUCCCCGCGUCAGCCUGCGGCCUCAAGCGGGCGGCCUGGCUGCUGCGGGGCCGUGGCAUCUUCCACAACGGUCUCAAGAUCUGUGAGAAGUUCGGGCCCAAUCUGGACACGUGUCCUGAGGGCACCAUCCUGGGCCUGCGGCUGGAUGGCUCUGGAGGGCUGCACCUGCACGUGAACGGGAUAGACCAGGGCGUGGCUGUGCCAGACGUGCCCCAGCCCUGCCACGCGCUUGUGGAUCUCUACGGGCAGUGUGAGCAGGUGACAAUCGUGAGUCCGGAGCCGGGAGCUACCAGUGGGAAGAGUGCUGGUACCCAGGGAGACAUGGAGAAAGCAGACAUGGUGGACGGCAUCAAGGAGAGUGUGUGCUGGGGCCCUCUGCCCGCCACCGGCCCUCUGAAGAGCUGCGAGUACCAUGCCCUUUGCUCCCGCUUCCAAGAACUGCUAGUGCUUCCUGAGGAUUAUUUCAUCCCUCCUCCGAAGCGGAGCCUGUGCUACUGUGAGUCUUGCCGGAAGCUUCGAGGGGACGAGGCCCACAGGCGCCGUGGGGAGCCCCCCCGGGAGUACGCGCUGCCCUUUGGCUGGUGCAGGUUCAACCUCAGGGUGAAUCCGCGCUUGGAAGCUGGGACGCUGACCAAGAAGUGGCACAUGGCAUAUCAUGGGAGCAACGUGGCAGCGGUCAGGAGGGUGCUGGACCGAGGGGAGCUGGGAGCAGGCACCGCCUCCAUCCUGAGCUGCCGGCCCUUGAAAGGCGAGCCCGGGGUAGGGUUUGAGGAGCCUGGGGAGAACUGCGCGCCCCCACGGGAGGAGCAGCCCCCUCCGGUGCUGCUUUCCCCCUCCCUCCAGUAUGCUGGGGCCGAGACCCUGGCAUCCAAAGUGCAAUUCCGGGACCCCAAGUCCCAGCGUACGCACCAGGCCCAGGUGGCGUUCCAGGUGUGCGUGCGCCCCGGCUCCUACACUCCCGGGCCCCCUUCGGCCGCCCUCCGAGAUCCUCCCGACCCGCACUUCAGCCCCGCCGAACUCGAGUGGGUGACCAAGGAGAAGGGGGCCACGCUCCUGUAUGCCCUGCUGGUGCGGGUGGAGUGAGGGCCGGCCUCUCGACAAGCACAGUGGGGCCCCGGCCCGCGGACUCUUGAGUGCCGCUGGCCCGACUCCACACCCCGGCCCGAAUUCCCCGCGGACGCGCCGGGAGCCUGGCCGCCGCGCGCUGGAAGGGGAGCGCGUCUCCGCGUGCAGGGCGCACGCCCCCCGCGGGGCUGGGGGCCGGCAGCGCCCCUCAUGCACUGUCUUGGGGAACACGACUCCCUGGACUCCCUCCCCCGUGUCACUUAAUUUAUUUCCGUUUUCGUUCCUGUUACUGUGAAUCCCGAGGAGCACCCCACCCCCGGACCCCGUGCCCCGCCCCGGAGCCGCCGCCGCUUCCCAGGCCGCCGGGCGGAGAGGGGAGGGCGGGCGCGGGGAAGGUGGGCCUCUGUACAGUUGUUACGGACGCGGAGUUCCAAGGAGCCAAUAAACGCCGUCCCGGUGCGCGUG